AUGAAACGGAUCACUUUGUGCCGAAUCUAUGAAAAUUCGCCUGAGGCUGUGGAGGCUGUUAGCUUUUCGCCCUGUGCGAGAUUUAUCGCAGUUGCCAGACAUUUGGGGUCCAUCCAACUCCUGGAUGCCAGUAGUUUUUACGUAUAUGCCACACUACCUAAUAUUUUCAUACAUGGGUCGGCUAACUCCAUAAUUUGGCUCAGCAAGACGCCAUCUGACUCUGCAUAUGUCGACCAAGUCCAGAGAAAAUUGUCUCAAUAUCACCUAGUGGCCACGGGCCUACAUGGGCUUAUCACCUAUUGGGACCUGGAAUCUCUUAUGCCAUUACAUACAUCGCAAUCCUACGGAGGUGCUAUUUUUUCCUCCGCCUACAGUGCCAGCCAGCUUCGGCUCUACCUUGCUUGCGAUGAUUCUACGCUUAGGGUUUUUUCCCUAUACAAAGCUCAACCACAGGCAAAAACUCCACAACCGGAACUGGUACUGGUAGAUGUCAUAAAGCAUGCCAAGGGUAAGAUACUUUCAGUUACCCUUUAUGACGAUGUUAUUUUUUGCGGGACUUGCGAAUCAACAAUUUAUAAGCAUUCAGGAAAUAGUACGGUCACAAUGAAAUUGGGUAGGAGAGGCAAAAGCAUACAAGUCUGGUCAUUGGUUUAUGUUACCGGCGAUAAGAUCUUAAUCAGUGGAGAUUCCCUCGGAAUUAUUAGGUUUUGGGACACCUCGCAGUGCAUAGAAGUUAGGGCCCUUGAACAGCAUUCGGCCGACAUUCUCUGUAUGGCAAUAACACUAGACCAAAAAACCCUUUAUGUUGGGGGUGUGGAUAUGAAACUUACUACUCUAGCCAAGGACUUAGCUGGGGACAAUUGGACGGUUGUAAGUGUUAGGUAUCCGCAUAAGGCUAGCAUUAAGGCAUUGGACGUUGAUCCAAAGUUUGGUAGAGUGGUUACAGGGGGAGAAGACUGUAAUUUAUGUCUUCUCAAGGGAUUGAGGGAUCUUUCAGGACUGCCACAUCAAAUCGCUAAGUUUUUGCCCCUACCAUCGCCCACGGAAUCCUCUAUUGACAUAUCUAUUAAUGAUUCUAUCGUUUUGUGUAAGGGCAGGACUGCAGUACAUGUUUGGGCAUUGUAUGAUUCUGAACAAAUGGAUGGUAAACCUGUAAAAUUGGCCACUAUUAGUCUAGACAAAUCGGAGGGGGAUCUCACAGUGGCUUCUGUAGCUAAAAUCGGCACUGUAACUACUGAGAUAAAUACACACGUUUGUGUGGGGAAUAAUAUGGGCAUCAAAUUGUUCAAAGUCACUAAAGAAGCUAUUAAGAAAAUCGACGUUAGUGUAACCGGUACUUACUGUUAUUGUGUAAAAUUCACAAGCGAAGACCAUUUACUCUGCUCCACUAUAGACAAAGACACUAAGCGGUGCCAUCUGAUCAACUAUUCCAUUAAAAAUGGUAUGAUUAACAGACACCCUAUGGAACAGCCGGUCGUAAGAAUUGAAAUAUUAAGCUCGGUUCUUGUAUCCCUCUUUUGCUUGUCUGGAUCCGUUAUUAUAUUGGACUGGGAAAAAUGGCAAGUGGUUGAAUUGCCAGAUAUGAACCCUCCAGAAAUUAUCACCACAGUUUGCCUCUUUCCCUCUGGAAAUGAAUGUUAUGAAUCCAGUAAAAUUAUCGCAAUAGGAUCGGACUGUACCUACUAUAUAUUCAACCUGGUCACUUGCCUAAUUGAGACUUUUAAUGGCAAAACAUUCCACAAAAUUCCACCAGGGUUACUUAAAGUCGAUGAUUCUCUUAUCAAUUUCUCAGUUGGUACCGAAAAGACACUUAUUUUGCAAACUUGUACGUCGCUAAUGAGUUUCACGCCAUAUAGUGUUGGCGUCAGCCGUGGAAACGACACUAUACAGCGUAAAAGUAUUGCUAACGUCAUCGAGGAAUCUAAAAAAUUGAGGCUCGGUCCACCAUUGCUAUAUGAGCCCAGAUUUAAGAUUAUCUCGCUAGAGAUGGCGAGCCAUAUAGAAGACCAUCGCGAGGGCAAUGGCGUAGCAGCAGAUGGCACGGGCGGAGAUGUCGCUAAUUGUAGCGCUUUGGAUAUGGAGUAUAACAGUUUGUGUGGAUGGAAGACCGUGCGGAUCGAGCAUUUGAUCCAACUGGUGCGAAGGCAAGAAGAUUUCCUUGCCUUUCAAAUUUCCAGUUUAGACGUUGAUCUCCAGGAUAGGGGAUGUAAGUACGGGAUGUCAUGA